CUGAUUUUGUACAGUUGAAACAAUUGGCAGAGGAGUCAGGCCUUAAAGUCACGGAUCAUGAGAUUUGGUUUGAGCUAGUUGGUGGCUUUUAUCAAAAGAAUAGGAUUAAGAGAGUCGGAGAUCUUGCCGAACAAAUGAAACCCCUUAAACCUAGAUACCAAGGCAGAAGAAAGAAUACUAGUGAUAUUUCAAAGAUUGAGCGGCUGGGAGCGGAGAAUGAGGUCAUGAAGGCAAGGUUGGAUUUAAUUGAGUUCACAUUUGCUGAACAUAUUCGAAGAAUGUAUGGUGGAAAUCUUCCGACACCUCGAGACCCUGAUGAUGCUGACUGUUGGACGCCGGUGGACGACUUAUGGCAGGUCGACAAUUCCUGCACCACAAUACCUCCCCAACAGACUCCUCCGCCGACGACCGCAAACCGCGGCGGCGAUCUUUUCUACAUAGAAGUGGACGUGGAAUUCUGGCACGGGCUGGCCCCCGAGUGGGAGGAGGAGGACGGCGGCGGCGUGGAAGAGGUGUGCAAGUGCGUGGGGAGAAACGUGGCGAGGUCAUGGGAGGCGUGUCCGAGGGUGGAGAGGGGGAACCUGUCCCCGGCGAGGGCGUCUGCGGUUCUGUCGAAGGCGGGAGUGCCCCUCCACAAGCAGGAGGUUGAGAAGGUUGUCUUGGGGGCGGACGAGGUUUCCAAUUCCCCGCUGUUUAGGCUGUCCCACGUCCUCCCCCUCCGUGUCUCCGUUAGCCUCUUUGCUUGCCCCUGUUGCCGCAUUCACAACAACAUAUCAUCAUAAUUCUACUAUCACCUUAUUACUACGUUGUUGUUGUUUUUUUUUUCCUUUCUUUUUUGUGCCUUUUGGAUUCAUUAUUAUUGGUCUCAUAUUUUCAUCAUCUAUAUGCCAAAAUUGAUUUGUUCAUUAUAUUGAAUGGAGUUGUUUAAUUUGUUAGUUGCAGUUUAUUUAUUACUUCUCAUACCUUCUCUACUCCCCUAAUUUACUCUAUAAUUUUCUUUAUCCUAGCUGAUGGAGUGAAUUAUCUCGACUGAAAUAUCGUUACGUUCUUAGCCGGUCGGCCCGGUCCUCAAGUAUAUAAUUAUUAAAUGGAAAACACACAUACUAAGACAAAUUUGAUGCUAGAUGGUUGAACUAGGAGAAAGAGUGUAGUAAUAGUCAUUGAAAAUAAAAGAAUAGGUUAAGU